AUGGCUCAUAAUUGUAAGAUUAAAGAGAUUCGGAGUUGCAGCAAUCAGAUGUCAUGGGGAGGAUGGAGAGAUAACAUUUGGAUUCAGUGUAGAUUAGACCAGAGCUUCGAUAAUGAUGGCUGGUUUCAUCUUUUCACUCGAUCAAAGACAGAGUAUAUGAAUCUAUGGGCCUCAGACCAUAGAUCUAUUCGAACUUCUUUUGCUUUAGAAAUUGAUGAUUUCGAGUAG